ACUGAAAGCGGCCAUUGUUGUUUUCAAUUAUCGCUGUUGGUUGUUGGUUGUCUAUGUUCUAAGUCGAAUUGUCGAAUAUCAGUGUCGACACUCGACAGUUGUGACUGGUUGUUGUGACUUUGUCAUUGUUCUCUACUAUCACUGAUUUACUGAUCACGAUGUCAAGAUUUAAUAUCCAAAUAACAUAAACUUUUAUUUUACUUAACAUUCACUUAAAAAAAAAAUAAUGAAAACACUGUAAAUCUAUUUAAUAUUUUUAAAAAAUGAAUCCUGAAGCUGACUUGUGUUGGUUCCAUGGGAAAUUGUCUCGAGAUGACGCAGAAGGUCUUCUAAAAAAUGAAUUAAAUGAAGAUGGAACAUUUCUGGUAAGAGAAAGUAGCACAUCAAUUGGAGAUUAUGUCUUGUCAGUGCUCUGGAACCAUCAGGUUCAUCAUUAUCAGAUUCGUAAACACAAAGAAGAUGCAUUCUUUUGUAUAGAGGAUUCUGAACCACCAUUGCAUGGACUGGAGACACUGAUAGAACAUUAUAAAAAUAAAAAAGACGGUUCUGGUUUGCAAGUUAAAUUAACAAAAGGUUAUAAAGGAGAACCACCUCCUCCUGAUACUCGAAGACAUGGCAGAACAAAUUUACUUCAUCGUGCGACUGGUGAAGGAAACUACACAAUAGUAUCAGAACUUUUAAAAUGUGGAUACCGCAGUUUAGAUGCAAAAAAUGAAUUAGGUCAGACUGCCGUUCAUCUGGCAGCCAAAGAUGGUAUCGAUGAUAUUUUAAAAAAAUUAAUUGAGAGUAAAGCCAGCGUUAACUGCCGCGAUUCUGCUGGCUACACUCCAUUACAUUAUGCAUGUCAAAGUAAUUUACCGAAUACCGUAAGACUGCUUAUACGUGGAGGUGCUAAUGUUCAAGCAAGACACACAUCAACUGGAAUGGUACCACUUCAUGAAGCAGCAAGUGCAGGACAUAUUGAAGUUAUUUUGGCCAUGUUAUCAAUGAAUGUUCCAGUUCAUCCUCGUACGGUUGCUGAUGAUACUCCUGCUGAUCUUGCUAGACGUAAUGGUCAUUACAAAUGUGUUGAUUUAUUAUGUAAUUACGAUACACCAGCAUCAAGAGAAAGACGUUCAGAUUGGUAUCAUGGUACACUAAGCCGUCCAGAAGCUGUAAAUUUGCUUUAUGAAAGUGGAAAUAAAGAUGGAACUUUUCUUGUGAGGUUUAGCGAUCGUUCGGGGGGAACUUAUGUUCUCACUGUUAUGUAUCACAAUCAAGAUUUUCAUUAUCAAAUACAAAAGAAGGGUAAAUAUUUAUUUAUUGAUGAUGGGCCGUAUCUUGAUUCAUUGGAGCACGUUGUAGAGCAUUAUAGAUGCAUGCCCGAUGGAUUACGUGGUCCGCUCGUUUGUCCUAUUCCUCCAAAGCCAAGACCUCCGGUGCCUGAAAUGCCGCCUUCUAUUUUUAAUGGGAAUACUUUGACAAAAAGAAAAGGAUCAGUUCCACGAAGUUUGCCACUACAGCCACAGUUUGAAUCACCAAGUCAGUCGUAUUUUCAAAAUUUAUCUUUUCAAAUGGAUAUCAAACCGGCAUCUAAAGAUUAUACUCCUAGAGGUUCUUCUGUAGAUACUAAUUUAAAUAUAAAUUAUAAUCCUACUGCUUCUUAUGUUCAUGAUUUUAUACCUGGUGAAAAUUUAAUUCUACGACAAGUUCUUGGGGAAGGUGAGUUUGGAGAAGUUUAUGAAGGAGAAUAUAAAACUCCAGAUGGCAAGACUGAAUCAGUGGCUAUAAAAACAUUGCGAGAUUCGCAUAAUAAUGUUACUAGAGAAGAAUUUCUUCGUGAGGCACGACUUAUGAUGAAUUUAAAUCAUCACUGUAUUGUUAAAUUAAUUGGAUUCUCUGAAGGACCACCUAUGUUGAUGAUUCAAGAACUAGUAAGAUUGGGUUCAAUGCUCGCUUAUCUUUUAGAAUUUUCUCAUAAAAUAAGUGCUAAUUGCGAGUUAAAAAUUUGGGCAUCACAAAUUGCUUGUGGAAUGAAAUAUCUUGAGGACUUGAGACUAGUUCACAGGGAUUUAGCUGCAAGAAAUAUACUUUUGGCUUCAAAGCAUCAAGCCAAGAUUAGUGACUUUGGUUUAUCGAGAACUUUUGGAUCAAAUGAUUAUUACAGAGCAACUCAAGGUGGUAAAUGGCCAAUAAAGUGGUACGCACCAGAGUCUUAUAACUACGGGACCUUUUCUCAUGCCAGUGAUGUCUGGAGCUUUGGUAUUACACUCUGGGAAAUGUUUACUUACGGAGAACAGCCUUAUGGUGAUCAAAGAGGCGUUGAUGUAAUUAAAUUAGUUGAAGAUGGUAAACGACUUCCUAAACCCGAUAAUGAUUGUCCAGAUGAAAUUUACAAUGUAAUGCAGAGCUGUUGGUCUUAUUUACCAGAAAAUCGGCCAACGUUUGGUCAACUUUUUGAAUUCUUUAGCCGCGAUCCUGAUUACGAGAAUCUGAGAGAUGUCGUUGCUACGACAAAUCUCAGCUGAUGUCUAGAUGUCAUAAUUUAUCACUCCAAUCAACUUCCAAAAAGCAUUUUUUUGUAAUAAUAAUUAUUAUGGCCUAAGAAAUUUAUCUCAUUAUUUAAUAUAAAUAUAUAUUUUUUUUAAUCGUAAAUUUUUUAAGAUAUCAAUCGGCGUGUGUCAUUGAUUCGUGCCAUUAUUUUUUAGAUUUAUCGCUCACAUGUACAUAUACAUAUAUUAUUGAGAUAAAUAAAAUAUAUAUAUAAACUA